AGAAAUGUGACCGUAUCAUAGACUACUGAUGGUGUUUGAUGCUUUUGUAUCUUUAUCUCCAACCUUAUCGAGCCUCACGUGAUAAUGAGAUCAUCCCUAUAAGCAUCAGCCCCUGUGUCACAUCAGUUUCCAAUUUACUGCUACAGACAUAAAUAACAACGCCAAUUGAUUCCAAGAUCAUGUCCUACAAAGGCCAUUUCACAUAUCAACGAGACUUCUCUUCUAAAAAACGAGAAAAACUCCACUGAGCUCUUCGAUCAGAAUAAUGCCGUUUCUCCAACUAACCCCUCAAACCUUCUCCUCCUUACCUCCGCACCCAUCACUCGGAAACAAUGACAGCUCCUCAUCCUCUCCAUCUCUCGAGAAGUUCCUAAUUUCAGCACUCACCGAAGCCCAGACAUUCAUCACGCAAACAAUCCCGCAAACGUUCAUCCCUGAUCCCAAACCCCGCAGCUCUUCGCCUUCCUCUGCCAAAGUCCAGCUUUUAACGCGCACAAUUAGGGAGAAAGACUAUUGGGUCUGCCGGAAGAGCGUCCAUAACAAUGCUGCUGAAAAAGGAAGCGCGUCGUGGGCGGAAUUUGAACGGGGUCUCCGGGAGAAUCACUCGGAGAAUGAGAUGGCGUAUACGCCGAGCGUCUCAUCCGUUGAGCAUCUGUCGCAAUGGCCUGUGCAGAAGGUUCUCGGGGAUGGUUGGAGGGAUGUCGAUAUGCACAUAAAUAUGAUCACGCAUAGCUUCAAACCCGGGGCUCUCAUCUCUCCAAGAACCUUCAUUUCACUAGUUAUUUCGGCAUAUGAACCACCACAACAAUCCAGGAACAACAAUAGUAGCUCUCAAUCUUCUACCCAAGGGUUCUAUACCAUCCAAAUUCCACUAGCAUUCAACGAACAAUCCGACAUUCCUGACGGCCUGAAGAACAAGAUCAAAUCUGCAGUCCCGAAAAAGACCAUUUUCGCGCACUAUGCUAGUGUUGAACAUGUGUUAUUGAAGGAGCACACCUCUCCUGGCCAUAAUAUAAAUGAUGAUGCUCAAAAACGACGUAUUGAGUGGACAAUGGCAACGGUGUCAGAUGCUGGCGGACAUAUUCCGCAAUGGGUCCAGCGGAGUUGGACGAUGGGCGGGGUGCCUAAGGCCGUUGUAGCUGAUGUUGGGCUGUUUCUUGGUUGGACUGAUCAGCAGAGACAUAAGAGUCCUUGAUAAAUAUGUAGUGGCAGUAGGUGUCAGGAUGGUUUUUUCGCGACAUUUACUUUAUCAUCGCUGGCCGGUAGGCUUCAAUGGGGGCAUUGCAAAUGGUUCAAACCGAUUGCAGGUAAGCUCCAAGAUGGAUUGUAUUUAUGAACAUAUAUCAUAUUUCAUAUAUAAU